GCCCAUCAGGGAUUACAGUUACCCACUCCGGCGAUGCAACGUUCGGUCCAGCAACGCAAAAGCAAAAACAAAGAGGAAGAAACGGAAACGUCAACCCCUAAUCCUGAUCAUGACCCAGAACUUGAACAGGACAUCACACGCAUAGAUCCUCACAAACCAGGCGAAGUGGGUAUUCAUUCAUCUGGGAAACUAUCCAGUCCGUCUCCAGUUCCGCCUUCACCAAGUCCGUCUGCUGUUUCGCAACCACCCCCGUCCAAGAAGAGAGGGAUCUGUUACUUGAAAAAGUGAAACAAUUUACGGCAAAGGCAAAGGCCAUGCGGAAAACAAAACUGUUUGGAGUAGACGAUAGUGAGGAUGAAGAAGACCUCGACGAUGACAAAGACCCAGAUUGGACCCCCCCUCUUAAAGAAUCGACUGAUGUGGAGCCUCUGACUGGAUUUGUGCUCAAGGAAUCCAUGAGUGUACCACGUAAGCGCGAAUAUAAGUUAAAGGCACCGAAGAAGCAGACGUCGAACAAACUCAGACAGAGGAGAAAUUGUCCCGUGUGUAUGCGUCUGGUGGUCCACAUGCCGAGGCAUUUGCGGGAGGUCCAUGCUAUCGACCCAAACAUCGCCAAAGAGCGAUCAAGAGAAAUGGCCGUGCAAAAUACCCACCGAGAGAAGAAACUGUACAUGUGCCCAGUGGUAAACUGUCCAGCUUUAGUGACGCGCAUCGACAUGCAUGUGCAAAGUGUGCACAAUGCCUCCAAGAUGGAAUCCAAACAACUGAGCAAAUAUGCCAGGAAGUAUAUAGAUAAAGAUGACAAACCAGCAACAUCUAUUGACGAACAUACACAACUAAAGGAGGUUGUAGAAAGCAAAGUAAGGAAGCCGGUAUCUUUUCCUAGAAAGGUUUUGAACCACAAGUUGAAAGAAUCGAUUGUUAGCAGGACAGCCACUUCUGCUUCAUCAGCAUCUUCUUUCUUAUCAUCAGCAUCCGCUUCCGCUUCUUCGGCGUUUUCGUCCUACAGGCAGGUUCCGACUUUAAUGUCAUUCAAAACAUGGUUGAUGUCCGUUGAGAGGGGUAAGACUUUUCGAACCGCCAUUCAGCAUACAACUGCGGUGAUGAAAAUCUGGACAAAUGUGGAUGCAGACAUGGACAUUGCCUCCAUCCAGGACGAGACUAUUGUGCGGACGUACUGGCUAGAGCCUUACAGGGAGACGAAACAGCCAGGAACACUGAAGUCUAUGCUUGGGUCUUUAAAGGAAUUCGUCCGAUUUCUUUGUGUAAGCAAACCUGAGGGAUUCUCCAAGGACAAAUCGGAAAGUACCUUGGCAGCAAUCGACCGGUGGUGCAACACUCUAACAAAGGCUGGACGGGUUCGAGCUGUUGCCCGUUCUGUUGAAGACAUGGAGACCCAGAUAUCUACCAGUGAGAUCAGAAAUGCGCUUUCGUCGGACCACGCGACACUGGCGAAAGCGUACCUGAACCAGCUACAGAAUGGGGAUAGAAGAACCGUAGACAUCACAAUGGCCGUGUACACAACGUCUAGGAACUUUCUCUUAAUGUACAUCCUGGCAGCAAACGCGCAGCGUUCCGGAGCCGUCUGUAACAUCACGUUGAGAGCAUUAGAGUACGCAAAGGAAAAGGACGGGAAGAUGCUCAUAACCAUACAUGAGCACAAGACGGGAUUCCGAACGCCAUGUAUACUUGUCAUCACCAUGGAAAUCUGGAACUUAAUCAAGGCCUACCUAAAGAUGCGAAAGGUGUUAUUUGAAUUCCGUGAGGACAUUCUAAACCCUUCAUCAAGGGUAUUCCUCACCUGGACGGGCAAAGCAAUGAAUCAAAGCCAGUUAAACAGUGCACUUAAUGCAUUUUGGAAGGAAGCGAAGCAGACAUCCUCAAUCUCCGCAACCAAAAUUCGCAAGGCGACCGUCACCAACUUACGCAAAUCCAAUCCAGAAAUGCGGGAACAACUUGCAAGCCACAUGACCCAUGGCGCCGCUACUGCAGACAAGUACUACUUGCUACACGAUCGGCAAUCAGAGAGCGUGGGAGUAGCAAAUACAAUAGCUGAGGUAAUGCUUGGCGCAACACAAGAAGAAGCUUCCCCCGAAUCAACCAACCCAACACCAACGGAAUACAUUGAACCCGAGGACGACGAACCGAGUCCAACCUUCCAUCGUUUCCUGCCACUUACAGCAAAAGACACUGACACGGAGGACGAUGACUGGCAUGUUGUAAAAGUACAUGGGCGCAGGUCAUUUACAAAUAAUGAGGCACUUCUUCUUCUUUCGACUACAGACACCAUUGUGAAAGGAGACUGGUCUAUUACUCAAAAAGACGUGGUACACGUGUUGAAACAAGAUGAAACAGCAAAGGAAUUGCUUGGAAAAAACACCCCAAAGGUGUUAACAGACAGAGUUAGAACAGCUCGCAAACAGUGGAAGAAGAAAACCACCGACGCGUAAUUCAGUUACACAAAUGAGGCACAUUUGUUUAGGACUGAUUUAAAAUGAGAGGUUGAUUGUAACGUUGAUAGUAAUGAUUAUGAUACGAAUCGAUGUUAAUUCUUGAUUUUAAAGGAUGACGAAUGAUGUUAAAUUUUAUGACUCCUUUUCAUGAUAGAUGAUGUGAAACGAAAUUAACAAAUAAUAAUUGAUAUCAUUCAAGCUAUAUUAUCAGUGAUUGUGUUGUUGAUUGUAAUGAUUAUGAUACGAAUCGAUGUUAAUUAUUGAUUUUAAAGGAUGACAAAUUAUGUGCCAUUUUAUGACUCCUUUUCAUGAUAGAUGAUGAUGUGAAACGAAAUUAAACCAUAAGUAUGAUGUGUUUUGUUGUUUCCUUACUUUAAUUUAAGAAACUGAAAAGUCAUACGAGUCUCCAAACUUGACAGUCACAAAGUUUAAUAUCCAAAAACUUUGUUUAGGACAAUCAGCUUCAUCGCAAUAAUUCGCUUUUUUGGCAACAAAAUUGAAUUUCGUUACAUGAUUGCAAAUUCCUGCGUUUAAACAAAUUUCAAAAAGUAUGCUUUUCUAAGUGGUUUCCUUACCAUUGCGAAUUAAA